GCAGCAUCCGGCUGUGUACUGUCUCCUACUAACCUCUCUCUCCCUGAGCCUUGAGCCACGGCCCUAAACCUACGCCCCUCAGACACUUGGCACGGACUAACCAGGGGCCUUUUUUCUAACACCACAUUUAGAGCCUGCUGAGAAGGAUUACAAAGUUAGGCUGUUAGGGACAAAGUUUCUGCUAGUUACAGCUGAGUCAUUUGGGAGUUUCUUCUUUGGAGGAGGAAGUAUGGUCUCUUGUUUGGUUGAGUAGGAUCUUUGGUGGCAGAACCUUUCUUGGAUUUGACUUUUGGUUUUUCUUUUAUUUGAAGAAAGAAGUUGAACACCUCUGGUUUCUCUUUUCUUUCCGUGUGGACGUGUUUAUUGGAGAGGUAGAGAAGCGAGGGAGGGAGCAGCAUGGAGGAGGGAAGCAGACGGAGGCUUGGAUUGAUGAACGGAUGAAUAGAAGGUGGAGAGAAAGAGCCUGGUCUAGUGAUGUGGUCUACAAUGUUGAUUUUGGGGCAGUAACUCGCAGCACCACAAACGAGAUAAACUUGGUAGUGGUGCAUGUUAACACUAGUGUACACUUGGUAGUGUUCAUGUUAACCCUCUUCUAAAGAGGCAGUCAUGUUGCUUGUACAGGCUGGUGUAUGUCUUCGUCAGAACCUUCCUGAGCCCUGGAUCACUGGGGCAGUACGGAGCUGCUGAAUCUAACACGAUCAAACUCCUGCUCCAACUGGGAUCCUCCUCUGUCUCCCUGAGUUCCUGAGUCCCUAGGGAAUAUACAGACUUCUGCUGGGUUUUUGUUGUUUAACUACAUUAUAUCUGAUAAGACCCAGUGGGUCGACCCCUACAGAUGCUGUCAGAGAGGUCCUCGGCAACCGUUGGGAUGCGUUGUUGGAACGCCGGUGGUUGGAACGUUGGUGUUGGUGCCGGGAUGCGGGGGCGGGAGAGGGGUACCGGGACGACACGGAUCAUCACCCUGUGGAUUAUCUGGUCCAGCUGGCUCUGCUGGACGGCCAACGCACAGAUGAAGAUACCGCCCGAAACGGUUCAACAAUGGGCCGUCUCCUAUGGAAAACAAAUCAUUGCUCUUUCAACAAAAUACUCUGGUGCUCUUCUACUCCAAAAGAAAUACAAAGACAUUGAGCCCACGGUGAAGAUGGAGGAGGUGGACGGGGAGGAACUGGUGAAGAAGUUUGCUGAGGAGAUGGAGGGCAUGCUGGGUAGGAAGAUGAAGUCCGUGAAGAGACUGGCGGAGGCGGCGGAGGACGCUGAUUUAUACCAUGAGUUCAACGCUACCUUAGAGUUUGACUACUAUAACUCUAUGCUGAUCAACUCAGUGGAUAAUGAUGGGAACGCCAUAGAGCUGGGAGGAGAGUUUCCUCUGGAAGAGAAUGAACACUUCAACAAGCUCCAGGUCAACACUCUGCAGAGCGACAUACAGGUCCCCACCAACGUGUACAACAAAGACCCUGGUAUUCUAAAUGGGGUGUACAUGUCGGAGGCCCUGAACGAUGUGUUCGUGGAUAACUUCCAGAAGGACCCUACUCUAACCUGGCAGUACUUUGGCAGCGCCACUGGCUUCUUCAGACUCUACCCAGGCAUCGCAUGGACCCCAGAUGAGAAUGGUGUAGUCACGUUCGACUGCAGGAACAGAAACUGGUACAUCCAGGCUGCGACGUCUCCCAAGGACAUCAUCAUCGUAGUGGACGUCAGCGGGAGUAUGAAGGGUCUUAGGCUCACUAUCGCCAAGCACACUAUUAACACCAUUCUGGACACACUAGGGGAGAACGACUUUGUCAACGUCAUCGCCUACAGCGACUAUGUCCAAUACGUGGAACCCUGCUUCAAGGGCACCCUGGUCCAGGCUGAUCUGGACAACCGAGAGCACUUCAAGUUGCUGGUUGAAGAGCUCCAUGUAAAAGGAGAGGGUAAAGUCAAGAAGGCCAUGAAGGAAUCCUUCAAAAUCCUCAAUGAGGCUGCAUCGCUGGGUCAGGGCAGUCUCUGUAACCAGGCCAUCAUGCUGAUCACUGACGGAGCCAUGGAGGACUAUGAGGAAGUGUUUCAGGAGUUCAACUGGCCAGAACGCAGGGUCCGUGUGUUUACCUACCUUAUUGGUCGAGAGGUGACCUUCGCUGACACAGUGAAGUGGAUUGCCUGCAACAAUAAAGGUUACUACACACAUGUCUCCACUCUGGCCGAUGUUCAGGAGAAUGUCAUGGAGUACCUUCACGUUCUGAGUCGACCAAUGGUCAUCAACCAUGAUCAUGACAUCAUCUGGACAGAGGCUUACAUGGACAGUGCGCUGUUCAACACCCAGGCUCAAAGCCUGCUCCUCAUGACCUCUGUAGCCAUGCCUGUGUUCAGCAAGAAGAAGGAGACGUUGUCCCAUGGUAUUCUGCUGGGGGUGGUGGGUACUGACGUCCCUCUGAGAGAACUGAUGAGGCUGGCUCCUAGAUACAAGCUGGGUGUCCAUGGUUACGCCUUCCUCAACACCAACAAUGGUUAUAUCCUCUCCCACCCUGACCUCCGACCCCUGUAUAAGGAGGGAAAGAAGCUGAAGCCUAAACCCAACUACAACAGCGUUGAUCUGGCUGAGGUGGAGUGGGAGGACACAGACGAGACAUUGAGAACUGCCAUGGUAAAAGGAGAGACAGGUACUCUGUCCUUAGACGUCAGAGCCACGGUAGAGAAAGGGAGAAGAGUCAUGUUCCUGAAGAAUGACUACUUCUACACAACCAUCAACGAGACGCCAUUCAGUCUUGGCAUGGUGCUGACCAGAGGGCAUGGUGAAUACAUCUUCCUAGGGAACGUGUCGGUAAAGGAAGGCCUCAAUGACCUGAUGCAGCCAGAUGUGUCCAUCGCAAAUGAGUGGACCUACUGUGAGACAGACAUUGACCCUCACCACCGCAAGCUGACCCAGCUCCAGGCUGUGUUUCGAUACCUCACUGGGAAGGAACCUGAUCUGGAGUGUGAUGAGGAACUGUUGAGACAGACUCUGUUUGAUGCUGUGGUCACAGCCCCCAUGGAGGCCUACUGGACAGCCAUGAUGCUGAACCCAUCUGGUAUGGACGAGGGGGUGGAGACUGCGUUCCUGGGGACCAGGUCUGGUCUGAUGAGGGUCUCCAGAUACGUGGGCAUUGAGAAACGUGUUGCCAAGAAAUUCCUAGCUCCGUCGGACAAGGAGAACAUCUUUACAAUGGACCACUUCCCCGUGUGGUAUCGUCGCGCUGCAGAGUACCCCGCCGGCAAGUUCCUGUAUUACAUCCCCAAAGAGGACACCAGAGAGGUGUCAGGGAGGAUGGUGAUCGCCACCACAGCUGUGACUGUCACCGUGGGCAAGAAGACUGCAGUGGCUGGAGCCAUUGGGGUUCAGAUGACACUGGACCUGUUAGAGACCAGGUUCUGGGCUACAGCUAAGCAGCCCAACGACACAGACUGCUCUAACACAGAAGGGAUUUGUCCGCUGACAUGUGAGGCCAUGGACCUGGCCUGCUACCUCAUCGACAACAAUGCUUUCAUAAUCGUCUCCAAAGAAAAAAACCAU